CACGAUCUGAGCGCGACAUCAUAUAGCCGGGAGAUAGCCGGGAGUACUUUGGCUGGUCGUUGCGAUCAAUCCUCUCGUUGACUCUAAUCGUGCCUUUGGACGACUGAGACUCGAGGUAAACCUGGUAGCAAUGGCAACCCCAAUUAUCCGGCGGGCGUGCAUGUACGUCCCAGCAUCCUCGCAAAAGAUGCUCGAGAAAUCCUUCGCCAUGCACGCCGAUAACGUGACCUACGACCUCGAAGACUCCGUCGCGCCCUCACUCAAAGCCUCCGCACGCUCAAACUUACGCUCCAUCCUGUCCAGACCGCGCCCUACCGGCAUCAAGGAGAUGUGCGUGCGCAUAAACAGCGUAGACACGGGUCUCGCCCUCGACGACCUUACAGAAGUCCUGAGAGGCGAACACCUCGACGCCAUCAUGCUGCCCAAGUGCGAAAGCGCCGCGGACCUGCACUUCGUGACAGACGUCAUACGGCACCUCUCACCAGACAGACAUCCAGGCGAUCCCAGCAAGGUGGGAGCGGGGAAGCAGCCAGUAAGCAUCAUUGCGCUCAUCGAGUCGGCAAAAGCGAUCCAGAACCUCAAGGAGAUCUGUGAAGCAUCGCCCUACCUCGACGGGCUGGUGUUCGCAGCAGAGGACUUCGCGAAGGAUAUGAGUCUCACGCGGACGCCCUCGCUGACAGAGUUCCUGUAUGCGAGGAGCGCGAUUGCGACGGCGGCGCGCGCGGCGCUGCUGCCGAGUACGAUUGACUUGGUGUGCACGAGUUACAAGGGGGAUGUGGGGUUGAAGACACUCGAAGAGGAGUGCUUGAAUGGGAAGGGGAUGGGCUUCAAUGGGAAGCAGUGCAUACAUCCCAGUCAGGUCGCGGUGUGUCACAAGGCGUUUAGCCCCGGGGAGAAAGAGGUUGAGUGGGCGGCGAGAGUCGUGAUUGCGGAUGAGAGGGCGGAUAAGGCGGGGAGAGGGGCGUGGACGCUGGAAGGUAAGAUGAUUGACGUGCCGGUAGUGAAGAAAGCGAGGGCUGUGUUGAGGCAUGCGGAGGCUUGUGAGAUGGAUGUAAAUGCUGUGAGGGAGAAGUGGAAGGAUCAGGAGCCGGAGUAGGCUUGGAUAAAAGUCAAGAUAGGCUACGGUGAUGCGUGUUAAUACCCUCUAUCG